AUGUCUUCAGCUUUGCGCAUCCGCACCUGGCGGGCAAUCGAGUUCCUUCAAAAUGCCGCACCAGUGUCCGGCUCUCGAGGAGUCACCCACCUCCAACUCAGACAGCUCUCCAACCCAAUGACCAAAAGAGCAAUCAGCUACAGCAACUCCCAGAAACAGAACGAAAAGCCCACUGUCCCCUCCUCCAAGCCAUCUACCACGACCCCAGCCCAGAAGCCCUCCUCUCCCGCACCAACAAGCUCCACAACUCGCGUAUCGGCCCCAACCCCAAAUCGCCCAACAACAGAGAACAUCUCCCAAAGCGGCCUAGCCGACAAACCCCUCCUGCUGGAGACUGCCCCCGAAGAGAAGAUUGAUUGGACACGAUCGUUCCAUGGUCUCUCUGCUGCUCCGUUUCCCAAGGAAGCAGCCGAUAUCCUGUUGGCCGAGACGGACCCCCAAGAGGUCGAGAUCAAGCCUGAUGGUAUUCUGUAUCUGCCCGAGAUCAAGUACCGUCGGAUCUUGAACCGCGCUUUUGGCCCUGGUGGCUGGGGUCUUGUGCCCCGCAGUGAGAGUAUCGUUACGCCUAAGACUGUGACGAGGGAGUAUGCUCUCGUUUGUAACGGACGCCUGGUAUCCGUCGCCCGCGGCGAACAAGACUACUUUUCCCCCGACGGCAUCCCAACCGCAACAGAAGGCUGCCGCUCUAACGCACUCGUGCGCUGCUGCAAGGACCUCGGUAUUGCAAGCGAACUCUGGGAUCCGCGCUGGAUCCGCAAGUUCAAGGCGCAGUAUACGCGUGAGGUAUUCGUCGAGCAUGUCGUUAACAAGAGAAAGACGAAGAUCUGGACGCGCAAGGAUGACGGCGUGAGCUAUCCGUGGAAGGAGACGGGUAGCGUAAGUAGAUAG